AUGAAUUUGUUGGACGUAGAAAACGACAGCUUUCACGUCACACGUGAAGACUACUCCCAUCUGAGUUACUCAAAAUGGGAGGUAGUCGGCCGCAUGAGUGUGCUCAUGGGCGAACCCGCCAUCAAUGGUACGUUGGAGUCUUUAAGCAAAGACCAUCAACAUGCUGCUAUCAACAAGUUCGCUCAAGGGGAACUUGCCGUCGAAUGA